AUGAGUUAUAGGAAAAGCGAAGUAUUCGAGCCCCCUGGUAAAGUGGGUCGCAAAACAGGGUUUUACCUCACUAGAACGCCCCGAAAGAAUGAAAACGGGCUUGAAGAUCUCAAGGAUUUCUUUCUUUCAGACGAGGAGUACGAGAGUCCUAACAACAAGAGUGUCAACACGUCCCCCAACAAAAGACUGUCCAUGAGAUACGAACAGCUCAAAAGCCAGCAAGCUCCGGGAAGCUCGCCGUUCAAUCACAGCAAGCAACCACAAAGUAAAGGAACUCGGCUGAUAGUCUCUUCGAGUGAAGAGAGUCCCGACGCAAGUGACUCUGAGGAUGCAGACAAAAUAAUAAAUGCAGCUACGCGAAUGGGUUCUCCAAUCAAACCGAAUGUGCGCCGUAGAGCCUCUUUGAAUGGCUCUCCUCGCUCAUCGCAAACUCAACCUUCGAAUUCGCCCAAGAAACUACAGCCUUCGCCUUUGAAGAAAAGCCUGCCGACCACUGAAGAGAACGUUCUCCAUCUGGAUAGCGAGGAUAAAUCCGAAGAAGAAGUGCGUGAGAUGAAACUUCGGUCCAAGUCAUCUACCGCUUCUCGUAAGUUUGCUGCCGUGACGAAGAACAUGGCACUUCAGAAGAAAACGUCGAGCAAGAACAAAGUGAUAAUUUCUGAUGACGACGACCCAAUUAAUUCGAGUCGGAAAAGAAGGCCACGAGGUAAAAAAUCAGCUCCUUCUGAAUCAGAAGAGUCGGCGCCAGAAAACGCAGACGUUGACGAAGAUGAUGACUUCGAAGCAGAAACGGACUCUGCUCCUGAGGCGGAAAGCGAGGACGACGGGGUGGUAAGCGUUUCUGAGGACUCCGACAAAGCAGAAGGCAAGGACAACGAUGCGUCGGUGGAGGAGGUUUUUCCAAAAGAAGAGACACCUACGUCAGAAAAUGGAGUGAGAAGGUCUUCCAGAACAAGAGUUUCGCCUGUUGCCUGGUGGAGAAACGAGAAAAUUAUCUAUGAAACGACGACCGAAAACGGCACGUACGUGAAGAAAAUCAAAGACGUGCUUCACCGUCCGGUCGCAGAGCCUACCAGGAAAAGGAGACAGUCCUCUGCACCACCUUCGACAAAAGCUCGAAGACGAAGUCGAACACCAAAAAGCGAAGAGGCUGAGAAGCUACGUCCAGUGGCGGCACCACCCCAAAUCACUGAGCAGCCCGAAAAAGAGAAGGAGCAAGAGAUCGCCAGCGAGCUAGACGGCAGCGACUGGUUGCAACAGAAUUCGCUUACUAUUCCAGUUUUUGAGGGUCCGGGUUCCGAGAACCAGAUUGAGAGAACGGUUGCUUGGGCUCCCAACAAAUCGAAAAACAUUUCCAUCAUUAAGAACAGCGAGGAGUUCUUUCGGAUCGCGACACUGUUUGAUCAGGACAGCGAGUUCAGCGGUGGGGGUAUAAUUGAAAUCCCCGUGGGUUCGCGCAAAGCCAUCAAGUCGAACGACGACACAUACUUCAUCUUCUUCGUGAUUCAGGGAGUUCUGGAAGUGACGCUCUCGCACAAUCCAUUUGUGGUGGUUUCGGGUUGCUCUUUUGAGGUGCCAAUGGGAAAUUUCUACCAGUUCGACAACAAGGGCAAGACCGUUGUCAAGCUCUUUUUUGUUCAAUCCAAGUACGUGGUGGUGAGCUCGCCCGAAGACGACGAUGACGAAGACGACGAUGAAAGUAUCUGA